GCAAACCUUGGGACCAACUCGUCAAAACUGCUCGGGAGAGGCCUCGGAAACGGCGGCUUUUCGUCAUGCAUCGCCAAGCGUCGAAGUUGAUCGGAUCCAUCACCUCCAAGAUCUUCGCCAACUCUACCACCUCUUCCCCGUUGCUCUCCUUUUCCCGGAGUUACAACGCCGCGGCGCCGCCUUCACCAGCGGUCUUCGUCGACAAGAAUACCCGGGUGAUCUGCCAAGGCAUCACCGGAAAAAACGGGACCUUUCACACUGAGCAGGCCAUCGAGUACGGAACCAAGAUGGUUGGUGGGGUGACACCUAAGAAAGGUGGAACUGAACAUUUAGGCCUUCCAGUCUUCAAUACAGUUGCAGAAGCAAAGGCUGAGAUGAAAGCUAAUGCGUCAGUUAUUUAUGUCCCCCCUCCAUUUGCUGCUGCUGCAAUUAUGGAGGCAGUGGAAGCUGAGUUAGAUCUCGUUGUGUGUAUUACUGAAGGAAUUCCCCAACAUGACAUGGUUCGAGUAAAAUCUGCACUGAACAAGCAAUCAAAAACUCGAUUGAUAGGACCCAAUUGUCCUGGCAUCAUCAAACCGGGAGAAUGCAAAAUUGGAAUAAUGCCUGGAUACAUCCACAAGCCAGGACGAGUUGGGAUUGUUUCUCGAUCUGGUACCUUGACAUAUGAAGCGGUCUUUCAAACAACUGCCGUUGGUCUUGGACAAUCAACUUGUGUAGGAAUUGGUGGUGAUCCCUUUAAUGGAACAAACUUCGUUGAUUGCAUAUCAAAGUUCCUUGAAGAUCCUCAGACUGAAGGUAUUAUCCUUAUUGGAGAAAUUGGAGGAACUGCUGAAGAAGAUGCUGCUGCACUAAUUCAGGAAAGUAAAACUGAGAAGCCAGUUGUGGCAUUCAUAGCUGGUCUUACAGCACCACCAGGGCGCCGAAUGGGUCACGCUGGAGCGAUAGUGUCCGGUGGAAAAGGUACCGCACAAGAUAAAAUCAAAACCCUCCGAGAAGCAGGUGUGACAGUAGUCGAAUCACCAGCAAAGAUUGGUGUGGCGAUGCUCGAGGUGUUCAAGCAGCGUGGUCUUGUCCAGUAGAAGACGCGCUAUUUAUUGUGAUUUAAUGCAAGCUUACAGAAACGCAUCAUUUUUUUUUCACCCAUUUUCCAACCCAAAUAUUUUGUUUUAGCCAUCUAUGAUGCAAUCCUUUUUGUAAGGCUUCUUAAAUAAUGAAAGAGGAACUCUAAACAUGUUUUUCCCCUGAGAUGCUUUCAAUGCUAUUCCUACUUAUUAUGAGGAUUUCUGUAAGAAAUAUUACAUAUAUUUGUCAGUGAUUUUUAAAUAUAAUGUAUUUAAUUAUGUUGUUCAUCA